GCCCCCUCCGCUCCCAGCGCCCACAUCCGCUCUCUCCCGCUCUCUCACACUCACCACUCGUUGAACCGCAAACAUGGUUGUAGGCUCUGUUCUCGUCACUGGUGGCACCGGCUACAUUGGCUCCUUCACCGCCCUCGCCCUCCUCGAGGCCGACUACAAGGUCGUCAUUGUCGACAAUCUCUACAACUCGUCGGCCGAAGUCAUCAACCGCAUCGAGCUCAUCUGCGGCAAGCGCCCCUCGUUUUACCAGUGCGACGUGACCGACGAGGCUGCCCUCGACAAGGUCUUUGAGGAGAACCCCGACAUUGACAAUGUCAUUCACUUUGCCGCGCUCAAGGCUGUCGGCGAGUCGGGAGAGAUUCCCCUCACAUACUACCGCGUCAACGUCGGCGGCUCCAUUGCCCUCCUCUCGUCCAUGGUCAAGCACAAUGUCAACAACAUUGUCUUCUCCUCGUCUGCCACCGUCUACGGCGACGCGACGCGCGUCCCCAACAUGAUUCCAAUCCCCGAACACUGUCCCAUCGGCCCGACCAAUGUCUACGGGCGCACAAAGUCCACCAUCGAGGCCGCAAUCACCGACACCAUCGAGGCAGAGCGCAACAAUGCGAGAAAGGCCGGCAAGGACGAAAAGGAAAUCAGCAAAUGGAACGCCGCCCUGUUGCGCUACUUCAACCCCGCCGGCGCGCAUCCCAGCGGCAUCAUGGGCGAAAACCCUCUCGGUGUCCCGUACAACCUCCUACCCUUGUUGGCGCAAGUUGCGAUCGGCAAGCGUGACAAGCUUCUUGUCUUUGGCGACGACUACGCCAGCAAGGAUGGCACGGCGAUCCGCGACUACAUCCACGUGCUGGACCUCGCCCGCGGCCACCUCCAAGCCCUCAACUACCUGCGCGAGCAAAAGCCCGGCGUCAAGGCCUGGAACCUGGGUACCGGCAAGGGCUCCACCGUCUUUGAAAUGAUCAAAGCCUUCAGCUCCGUCGUCGGCCGCGAUCUGCCUUACCAGGUCGCUCCCCGGAGACCCGGUGAUGUCCUCGACCUGACGGCCAACCCCACCCUCGCCAACAAGGAGCUUGACUGGAAGACCGAAUUCACACUCGAAGAUGCCUGUGCCGACCUGUGGAAGUGGACAGAGAAUAACCCAGAAGGCUACAACCAGCAACCACCAAAAGACUUUGUCGAUGCCCUCAAGAACAACAAGGCUUGAAUCAAAUCAAAAUCAAAAUCAAAAUCAAAAAUCUAUUUCGUUUCGUUUCGUUUCGUUUGGAUAGGAGCCCCUCCUUCCCCCCUUCCCACGUCUCACGGCAUGAGGGGGAGGAGGAUGAAGGGGGCUAAUGGAUACUUUGCAUGUAUAGAUUUUUCUUGGAUACGAUUUAAUCCCACACAACUGCAAUAUGAACCUUCAUUUGAUG